GAAACACUGGCUGGACGAGUUAGAGACUUUGACCAAAUCCCUCGUUUCGUAUCUUGUACGCCGAUCAGCCGAACAAUGAUGCGGGGUGAUGUGGCCCCGUUUCUUCCUUUUGCUGAUUCUCCUAAAUUCCCAACUCAUAAGCUUUUGAGGAGUUUACAAUGGACCCCGCGGUUCAGCUUUGACCCAGAGAUAGAGUCUUUGGAAUACGAAGUUGCACGACAGCUACGUUUCGACCAUGGUUUUACUGACGAUGACAUCGAUGGAAUGGAACUCUUCUACCGACAUCGUGAUGAGGUGUGGAAAGACCGUCCUCGUUUCUUGCGCCUGCGUAAAGAGAAUAAAAGUGGGCUACUGUGGGAACACAAUCAGAGGGACCAUUCUGCGACCUGGCCACGAUUGAAGUCUGGGGACGAAAAACAUUUUCCUGUUUCAUACUUACUCGUAGACAACAUUCCUGAACAGGUUAACAGCCUCUUCUCCAACGUGAAUCGUGGUAGCUAUCAGUUUUGCCCAAACCUGAAUUGCUUGCUUCAUUUUUGCGGUGUUCACAUACGCGAAAGUGGUCUCCCUCCUUUCGAUCCUAUCCCCCCAAACCAGAAGAGCUGGUUGAAAAAUCUUAAUGUGACCGUCGAAGGAAGACCUGAGUGUGGACCCUGCUGUUAUCGUUUGGUUUAUGACCAGGACCAGUGGCAGGAAAACAUACUUCCAUGUAACGAAGAAGAAACUGCAUUGAUCGAAGACUUGCUCAAGUUCGAACCCAACAUUUGUCCUUGUGAUCUAGCAGUGAUAUGUCGAAUUUCUUGCAAAGCGGUCUACCAUCAUUGUCUUCGGAUAUUCUCACUUGAGCCGGGCUUUGAAUCCAUGCUCAUGCAGAUCGAACCCGGGGAAGAGGUCGAAUCAGCCGUUAUCCCGAAACCUCGUUUGUACUACAACUCCAACGAAUCUUCUAUCCACAAAUGGAAUAUAGAGCGUCAGCUGUGUACAUGCACAGAUGAGGAAACCUGCGAGAGAUCGCCCAACUGUCUCUGCAAACACCACGGUGUGUUUUGUGAACGUAAUUGUCGUUGCAAGAGAAGUUGUGGAUUGAGAUUUCCGGGCUGCGAAUGCCAGGACGGUUGUCGGUCCAAAGGAACAUGUCGAUGCCUUGGGUACAGUAGAGAGUGUAGCCCCGAACUUUGUUUCAAGUGCAACGCCCGCGGAGAUGAGAAUCAUCGAGAAGGAAAGCGCAUCCAGUGCCGGAACGUAAGGAUUAUGGCUGGAAUUCUUCCGCUCCUUGAGAUCAAGCGGGCCCAAUAUGGAGCAGGGGCUUUUGCAACAGAGGGCAUUCGCCAGAAACAGUACAUCGGAGAAUACGUGGGCGAGCUCCUCCCAGUAAACUUUGAAGAAUUUGAACGCAAAGAGGCAAUCAACGACUACAGGAAGCUUAACUAUCUAUUUAGCUUGAACUCCAAUAACUUCGUUCUUGAUGCUGAUUGUAUGGGCAACGAGACUCGCUGUUUAAAUGAAGAUAAGGAGGGUGCUAAUUGUGAAGUUUUCGAGCUCUUCGUCAACGGUGAACCACGCAUUGGUAUUCGGGCGACUAAGCCAAUCAAGAGCGGCGAGGAACUUUACCUGCACUACGGCAAUCAAUACUGGACGGGAGAUGAUCACUAGUAGUGAUAUUAAUGGCAAAAACUCACAAGAUGGCGAAAAAUACUAUGGAAGAAGAAAAGGAGAGUGAAGGUGAUAUUGAAGAAAAAGCAAUGUUCGGAAAGGACAACGAGCGAUGACAAGAAUAUGAUGUAAGAACUGAAAAUGAUACAGAGGAGGGAGAAAGCUCGAUACAGAUAAUAAGAUAAUACGA